UUCUGCAUUUCCUCGCAGCCGACGCCCCCCACGGAUCUUGGCAACCACCGUCCGCCUCGAUUCGUUCCCCCGACACCACGCAAUCGCGUUGCGCUUGCGAAGAAACCGACCCUUCCCUUUCUUCUUCUCCAAGUAUUCUUCCUCUUGACGAUACUUCGACUUGAAGGAUUCGACUCAAAUUAGCCUGGGAUUCAUUCUUCAUUGGUGCAGACUCGAUCUUCGUGGAGGAGGAAGAGGGUCCCUGAAUCGAGCCUUCGCGGGGAUAAAGUUUUCGCCUUGUUCCCUUUUCUGAAAUUUCUGUGAAGCUUUUAGGUGCUGCAGGUAUAUAUUUUAUUGAUUCCUAAGGCGCUUCCGGUAAAUCUUCUCUCCAUAUGCAAUUGAUGGUCGUUUUGGUUGAUUAGAGAAGGAAAGGUGGAAUCUUUGCCGCAGGAUUGGGAUUCUGUAGCUCCUUGAUUAUUUAGAACCCUCUCCUUUCUCCUGAGUUUACAAAGCGCAAGGAGAAAUCCACUUCAAAGCAUAAGUUUUCUUUCCUCUUCCUUAGAAAAGAAGAAAAGAUUCUACUUUAUAAGUGGAAAUGGGUAAGCCUACUGCAAAGAAAACCAAGAAUUCAGGAAGUAAAACUAUUGAUCCCAAAUCGAAACAUAACAAAUCCAGGGAGCUGAGUCCUAGAGUCUUCCAUGAAGAUAAUGCAGUCUUUGUGGAUAUGGCGAAAGAUCUGAAAGAGGAGGGCAACAAAUUGUUCCAUGCAAGGGACUAUGAAGGAGCUCUAGUCAAGUAUGAAAAUGCUAUUAAGCUGCUUCCAAAAAACCAUACCGACGAAGUGUACCUCCACUAUAACAAGGCUGCUUGUUAUAUGCAGUUGAUCCUGGCGGACUAUCCCCGAGCAAUUAUGGAGUGCAAUCUAGCUCUCGAGACAUCACCAAAGCACACCAAAGCACUACUUAGAAAGGCUAGGUGCCAUGAGGCCUUGAAUCAAUUGGAAUUAGCAUGUAAAGAUAUUGAGCUUGCUUUGAGUUGGGAGCCAAAUAACCAGAUUGCAUUGGGCUUAUCUCAGAGGGUAAAGAAAGCAAUAGAGACAAACGGUACCAUGUUGGAUGGUAAUGCAGUUCUUUCACCUCCAGAUGUUGCAGUAGUUAGUUCAAAGAAGAAUAGGAAGAAGAGUCGAAAAGCACAGAAGGCAUCUGAGGAAAUGAAGCACACUGAAAUGCAGGAAGAACCUCUGAAAGGAGUGAAGUUAGUGUUUGGGGAUGACAUAAGAUGGGUCCAAAUACCUACUAAUUGUAGUUUGUUGCAUCUGAGAGAGACUGUAGGUAAAAAGUUUCCAAAUCUGAAGGCCGUCCUUAUCAAGUACAAGGACAAGGAGGGUGACUUGGUGACAAUCACAGCUUCUGAAGAGCUAAGGUGGGCUGAAGAAUCUGCAGACCCUCAGGGUUCAGUAAAGCUGUAUCUGACAGAAGUUAGUCCUGAGCAUGAGCCUUGGCUGGAGGAUGCUGAUUCUAGUUCUUCUUUGAAAGGUUAUGGAAGGAAUCAUAAUAUUUCAGAAAAUGGAAGCAUCAAGAACGAGGAAGCGAAAACCUUGCCUCGUUAUAUUGAUGACUGGAUUGUGCAAUUUGCUCACUUGUUUAAGAAUCAACUAGGUCUUAGUUCUGAUGCAUAUCUCAAUCUUCACGAGCUUGGUAUGAAAAUGUAUCAUGAAGCAAUAGAAGAUACUGUCACCACUGAAGAAGCACAAGGAAUUUUUAAAAUUGCUGAGGGGAAAUUUCAGGAAAUGGUUGCACUUGCCUUGUUCAAUUGGGGAAAUGUUCAUAUAUGUCGAGCAAGGAAAAGGUUGUUCUUGUCAGAAAAUGCCUCCAAGGAAUCAAUGCUAGAAAGGGUCAAAGAUGCAUACAAGUGGGCAAAGUCUGAAUAUACUAAGGCAGGAAACCGAUAUGAAGAAUCCUUAAAAAUCAAACCUGACUUCUAUGAAGGUCUUAUUGCACUUGCUCAGCAACAAUUUGAGCAAGCAAGGCUUUCUUGGUAUUAUUCGAUUGGAAGCAACAUUGAACCAGACAAUUGGCCUUCAGCAGAAAUAUUUGGUUUAUUCAAUGAUGCUGAGGAUAACAUGGAGAAGGGUGUGAUAAUGUGGGAGAAGAUGAAAGAACAGCAAUCAGUGGACCAAGGAAAAAGCCUCUUGGAGACGAUGGGCCUGGAUGGCUAUUUCAAAGAGCUCUCAGUGGAUGAAGCAAAGGACCAUACUUCUAAGAUAAGAUCUCAGAUAAACAUACUAUGGGGUACUAUCCUCUAUGAGCGAUCUGUUGUGGAAUUCAAAAUGAGACUUCCUACUUGGGAAGAAUAUCUCAUGUCAGCGGUGGAAAAAUUUGAACUUGCAGGAAUUCCCUCCAGUGAUAUCACUGUUACUGUUAAAAACCACUAUGCCAACAAUACUGCUCAAGAAGGUCUGGCCUUCAAGAUUGAUGAGAUAGUUCAGGCAUGGAAUGAUAUGUAUGAUGCUAAAAAAUGGAUGACUGAUGUCCCUUCUUUUCGGCUUGAACCAUUGUUUAGACGGAGAAUUCCUAAUUUGCAUCAUAUGCUGGAAAGUGCAUGAUACCUUCUCUUAACUCUAUUGUCUGUGGGGAACACAAAUAUUUUUUUUUUUUUGCUUGUUGUGUAGCUUUAUAUUUUGAUUGGUCAUAGAUCAUUUUUUUUAAAAUGUAUUUAUGGAUUACGGACUCAUUAUAACUGGCUGCCACCUUUUGUACUCUUCUUUUCACAUAUCGUCUCUUUUCAGUUGUAAAAUACCAAGCAAUUUCUUAGUUUUGUGUGAUUCACCUUCUCA